UUCGGUCUUGCCUUCCGCUGCUUCACCAGCCUCUCCCUUUCGCAUCAAUUGAUAACAGAUGGAUAGUCAGGUCCCUUUUCAGUGCCCAUUCACCGACCCAACCUUCACUGGCUGUCACUGCUCUUCGCUCCUCGCCAUUCCCUUUCUCGAUGGUUCAAGUGCGGCAUGUUUCGUCAAGGGAGCGUAAGAAGAGGAGAAAGCCGAUGACUCCAGUCACAUCCAAGUUAAAGAAAACCAAAUUGAAGUCUUACUCGUCGUACAAGUCCCGGUUUAGGACAAUGAAUGAUGGGACUAUUCGGCGGUGGAGGGCGGGCAAGCGGCACAAUGCCCAUUCGAAGUCGAAGAUAUCUAAGCGUAGACUCAGAGUGCCUGCCCUUGUCCAUCCUGCUUAUGCUACAGUGAUGAAGAAGCUCAAUUUUUGCGGUUAAAAGUUUGAGUCCUCUGGUAGGUGCUGCCAGUCUCUUUCUAUAGUUUCUGUUUCCGGUUCCUUUGAACAAGCAGUGCUCAGUAGCUAGAUGGUUAUUUGAGGCUAUACCUGUUAGCUGAUGAGAACAAUCUGCUAUAAUUGUCUUUUUAAACUUGUAUUCCGUGGACAACUGCUUGGUGAGGAAUUUUUUACGAGCGUUUUUGCAAUACUGGAAUGUAUCAGAGAGAAAUAACAAUUUUUUCGAUGCGACUCAAGCUUCAAGUAUUGGUAUAGAUUAUCCGUUUUGAA